ACCCCUCUUCAACCGAAUUCAGAAACCCUAGUUUUCACAAUAAAUUGAAAUUGGGGCGGUGCUGGAGAAGAAGAAGAAGAAAGCUUGAGAAUCAUGGCGGAGCAUUUGGCUUCUAUAUUCGGUACAGAGAAAGACAGGGUGAAUUGCCCUUUCUACUUUAAGAUCGGAGCGUGUCGGCAUGGUGACCGCUGUUCCAGGCUUCACACAAAGCCUAGCAUCAGUCCCACGUUGGUUCUCUCUAACAUGUACCAGCGUCCUGAUAUGAUCACCCCUGGUGUUGACCCUCAAGGCCAGCCCCUUGACCCUCGCCAGAUCCAGCGUCACUUCGAGGACUUCUAUGAAGAUUUAUUUGAAGAGCUUAGCAAGUAUGGAGAGAUUGAAAACCUCAACAUCUGUGACAAUUUAGCUGACCACAUGGUUGGUAAUGUGUAUGUCCAGUUCAGAGAGGAAGAUCACGCUGCAAGUGCGCUUCAGAAUCUUACAGGAAGAUUUUAUGCAGGACGCCCAAUCAUUGUUGACUUCUCCCCAGUGACUGAUUUUCGGGAAGCCACGUGUAGGCAGUAUGAGGAAAAUGUAUGUAACCGAGGCGGCUAUUGCAACUUCAUGCAUCUGAAAAAGAUAAGCAGGGAGUUGAGGCGGCAAUUAUUUGGGAAGAGCAGUAGGCGAAGGCGCAGUCAUAGUAGAAGCCGAAGUCCGCGUGGUAAUCGCAAUUAUGAAGAGCAGCGCCCACAGGGAGGUCGUGGUUUUGGUAGAAGAGGAGGUGGAGGAGGUGGUGAUCGCUACCAUGAUAGAGGUAGGAGGCCUAGAAGCAGAAGUCCUGGACGAAGGAGUGGACACAGCAGAAGUCCUGGGGGCAGGAGAAAUAGAAGUCCAAUUAGGGAAGGAAGUGAGGAGAGAAGAGCAAAGAUUGAACAAUGGAACAGAGAAAAGGAAGAGACAGGAUCUGGGAGGAAUCAUGGCGGUGGGGCACGUAGGGAAGACAGGGAAGGCAGUGCUGAGAGGAGGGCAAAGAUUGAGCAAUGGAACAGGGAGAAAGAAGAGGCAGAUUCUGCUAAAUAUGGUAAUUUUGACGCUGACAAUGGCAGGAAUGAUGGUGGUGAUCACUAUGGAGAACAGUUUGAUGAUGGUUACCCGAAGCAGCAGUAGGUAGAAAAUGGAAGUGAUGGCUGCUGCUAUGGUAGUGUUGCUCUGGUUAAAAGGUUCCUGCUUUGCAGUGGUCGUGCCUACCUUUACAUAGCAGCUUACAAUGGUCUUGUAUACAGGUUUUCUCUGCUGCAGACGAGUCCAUGGGCUUCUAACAUGCUAGGGAUGGCGAGAAGUGAAGGAACCAAGUCCAUGGACCUAUGAAGUUCUUUCCGUUUUGGAGUUUUAUCAUUUGUUAGGCAUUACAGGUUUAUAUCCUCAAAGACAAUAGUGCUGUGUAUAACUGUACUGGUUGGUGAUCUGUUGGGUUGAAUUUCAUUUCAGUACUUAAUCGUGUUUUACUUUCAGUCGUUUGGAGGUUUCUGUUGAAACAAAUUUGCUGAAGAGAGCAGGAUUUUUAUGUGGCAGUUGCUAGACUGCAGUAUGAACUCCUUUUGCAGUUUCUUUCGUUA